CAAGCUUUGGGAGAGCACUACACACCUUUUUAAAAACCUAGUAAGUGUUUUUAGUGAGGAUUAAUCAAGGGUGAUACCCAAUACUAUAAUACCCAAUUCUAUAAGAAUAUAGGAAAGCUUUGUUUUUUCUUUGUUCACAUGGCUCCAUCUGAGUAAGGCAGAAUUAUAUUUGCACCAAAUAAAUUCAGUCUGUGCGGCUUUCGGUCAGGCACUGCCCAGGAAACAAGAAGUGGGAAGUUGCACAGUUGGAUGGGAGUCAGCAAAAAAAAAAUGUAAGUCGGGAUCACUUCUGAUCGCAUCGAGACACAAAAAAGAGACUGGCCGAGAUGAGUGUGGAUUACAGAGAAUACGAUGAUUACACUGCGGAGAACGAGACCGAGAAAAACUUCACCAAAUUCGGCCCGCUGAACUUCAGCGGUCCUCGGUCUGCUUUCACAUCUCUUCUGGUGGCUUUCAACGUCGUUAUUUGUGUCGUGGGCCUGGCGGGGAACUCGCUGGUGAUCUGGAUCUGUGGAUGGAAGAUGAAAAGAACCGUCCCCACCACUUGGUACAUGAGCCUGGCCAUCUCCAACUUGCUGUUUUGCAUCUUCCUGCCCCUGGAACUGAUCUACAUGAUGACCUCGCACUGGCCCUUUGGACUGGUGCUGUGUAAGCUCAUGUCCUCCGCUCUGUUCCUCAACAUGUACAGCAGCGUCUUUCUCUUGGUUCUGAUCAGCGUCGAUCGCUGCGUGGUGGCGUCCUUUCCCGUGUGGUCGCGCAACCACCGCACGGUGCGGCGGGCCUCUGCGCUCGUGGUCCUCACCUGGCUCCUCUCGGCGCUCCUGACCUUGCCCUCGCUGAUCCACCGGAGCACCGCCCCGCACGGAGCCGUCACCCUGUGCGUCAUGCAUUACGCCGACGUGCCCGGACACAAGGCGGUGGUGCUCACUCGCUUCACCUGCGGGUUCCUGCUCCCUUUCCUCGCCAUCGUACUGUGCAGCACGGUGCUCGGCGCCAAGCUAAGAGGCAUGAGCAUCAAGUCCACCAAGCCCUACAAGAUCAUGGCGGCGCUCAUCUUGUGCUUUUUUGUCUGCUGGGUUCCUUACCACACGUUUGUCCUCCUGGAGAUACACAUGAAGUCCCGCACCCUGGAGAGUUUUCGCACCGGGAUGAAAGUAGGGGUGACUCUGGCGGCCUCAAACAGCUUCGUAGCCCCGGUUCUCUACAUUUUCGUCGGAAACGAUUUCAGUCAAAUCCUGAGGAGCUCGCUGACGCAGAGGUUUGAGUCGGUGAUGGCGGAGGAUUUUCGUACCGGAGGCCUCGGUUCCUGGCGGGAUCAGCCGCAGCAAGCUGUUUGAUUGGACGCACAAAACAUGUCAGUCAUUGGGAUGGUUCCAUGAUUCUUAGUAUUCCUUCUGUAAAACAAAUUGUUUUGGUGAAAUACAUAGUAUUAACCUAACCCGGGGGUCUGCAACCCGCGGCUCUAGAGCCUCUAAAGAGGUCUUUAGCGCCGUAAAAUCUAUGACGGGGGAAACAUAUAUUUUUAGUUUUAAUAUGGUUUCUUUAGAAGGACAAACCUGACACAAACCGUCCUAAUUGUUAGCAAUCCCACUGUUUAAAUUAAACAUGCUUCACUGAUUAGAGUAUUUGGCGAGCGCCGUUUUGUCCUGCAAAUUUUGGCGGUCCUUGAACUCACCGUAGUUUGUUUACAUGUUUCUCUGAUGCUGCCACUCCUUUGUCUCAUUUUGUCCACCAAACGUUUUUUACUGUGCGUGAACACACACAGGUGAGCUUUGUUGAUGUUAUCGACAUGUGUGGAGUGCUAAUCAGGCAUAUUUGGUCAGUGCAUGACUGCAAGCUAAUCGAUGCUAACAUGCUAUUUAGGCUAGCUGUAUGUACAUAUUCCAUCAUUAUGCCUCCUUUGGAGGUAUAUCUGAGAUCAUUAAAUUUCCUUUACUUAUCUCCUCUGUGUAUUUAAUUUAUAUCUGCAUGUCGCAUGACACAUUACACAUUAUAUGUAAUAUUGGCUGCAUUUCUUAUAGUUGUUUGUGUACCAUGUUGUUCCAGACCACAGCAAACGCUACCCGGCUUGCAAAGAUUGUAAGAAAUCCAUUGGAAGAACACACACACUCAUCCAUACUUUAGCCAUUCUAAGACAGUCAUUUCCAGGAUUUAUCUCACCGUCUGAGAGGCCUCUGUUUUAUUAAUGUUUUCCAAUGUUGUAAAAAUGUGUAGAAUAAAUAUUACAUUUCAACAUUUAUGUUAACGAAGAUUUGUGUCAGCCGACACAUCGUCAUUUAAUUAGUAGGCUAUUAUAGCUAAUAUAGACACUUAUAUAAUGUGUUGCCUUCAUAAUAAGACCUAUAUAAGGCUUUUAACUUUUUGCAGCUCCAGGCAGAUAAUUUUUUUUCCUUCAACAUUUUGGGUUGCCGACCCCUGACCUAACCUCAAUCCUUUGGUGCCCCUUCAACUUAAUUGUGAAAAGAUGCUGUUUCCAAUCAAUAGUGUUUAAUUUUUAUACUCCAGCCACUCUCUUCCUCAUCCGACACGGAUCACAUGACGUCACAAAAACACGGUCUGAAAGAGAUCAUGAUUUUACUCAUCAGUUUAACAGCAACAGCAUCUUCCAUUUUUAAAAUAAUUGUGUUCAUGAAAAUAUAUUUUUUCCCGCAUGCGUACUAGGUCGCGUUGCGCCGA